UUAAAACACAAAUAAGUGAUUAAAAUCGUGUAAAUAAUCUGUAAAUUAAACCGUGCUGGUGCUCCUGUGUGUGGUGCAGUGAGCCAUCCGCGCCGUGAGGCGGCGCUGCAGUCCUGAGGAUCUCCGUCCAGGUGUAACAUCACAAACAGCUGCGUGAGUCACCGGUCAGACGGUAACAGGUGUCUCCUCCGUCACAAACACCGGAGGCACCGGACCGUGCGGGAGCUGCGGGAGCUGCGGGAGCUGCGGGGGCUCGAGACGAACGAUGAGCGUGGACAAGUUUAGAGAAGUUUUUGCGGGGCGGAAGUGAGAAAGGUAAAAGUUUGACGUUGAUUUUUAUUUUCUUAUCUGAUGAAGUCGAGGCGACGCGGAGUGACACGUCCACGUCUUCACGUCCUGCAGGAACAGGUGCAUCCAGCCGCACAGUUUAACUCCACCAGUCGCUCCAUGUGAACCUUCUCAGUCAUGAAGCGGAACAAAACGAUCGACGUCCGGCGAGCCCUCGCUCUGGCCAGCACCUUCAACUUCCUGUGCUCCUGCGCCUCGGCCUGCCUGCUCCCCUUCCUCACGCUGUACCUCCGACAGCUCGGUCUGACUCCCGCCAUGACGGGCAUCGUCAUGGGCGCCAAACACGUCAUAACGCUGGUGUGGAGCCCCGCCUCCAGCCUGCUCUCCAAACACUACAACAAGAGGCGAGCGGUCAUCGGCGGCUCGCUGGUGUGCUCGGCGGCGGCAGCUCUGGUGCUGCUGUUUUUCCCGGCCACAGGUGUGCACACGCACACCUGCAACAUGACGGAUGUGAGAACUCAGAGCGCGGUCACGAGCAGCGUGACGCCGGCCACGUUAUUGAGAACUCACCCCAAAGUCGACCCAUCUCCUGUUUCCCGCUCUGCCGUCACUCCGCCUGCAGAAACGCUCGCCGAGACCAAAUCUGCUGCUGUUACGACCACGAAAACUGACGAUAAAUCUCGUCAGCUUCCACAGGAGGAAACAUCGGCGGCGGUGGUCCGAGCCGGAGAACCAAAGACCAGCAGCUCCGUGACGCCACAAACCACCACAGCAGCUCCAUCGAGGAACAAAAAGUCAGAGCGAGGAGAAAAGACGCCGGAUGGCGAGCAAACGGUGACGCUCGCUGAGGCUAAAUCUGCUGCUGAUACGACAAGAAAAGCUGCACUCGAUCGGCACGACGAGGACAAAUCCCGUCGUCAGGACGACGUAUCAGCCGCUGAGAAACCGAGGACCAGCAGCUCCGUCACGCUAAAAACCAUCUCCGCAGCUCCAGUCAGGAACAAAAGGUCCGAGCGAGGAGAGAAGACGACGGAUGGCGAGCAGACGGAGGGCGAGUUUGAGUUCCUCGGCAGCCUGAAGGUGAUGGACCCUCAACACCAGCUCUUCUUCUUGGUCCUCAUCACCGUGUCGGUUUGGGAGGUCGCGUCGGCGCCUCUUGAGUGGACCGCGGACGACGGCUUGUACGAGUAUUUGGACUUUGCGGACGCCUCUGAUCGCUACAGCAGCACCGGGGUUUGGGGUCUACUCGGAGCGGCGUGCGGCGUUGGAGGAGCUGGCGUCCUGGUCAGCCAGUUGCGCUGCCUCAUAGCUGGUCAGACGCCUCGGAGCGCCGUGCAUUUCUGCUGCUACGCCGCUCUGUGCGCUCUCACCCUUCCUGCCGCCGCCUGUCUUCCUCUCUACCUGAAUAAGAAGCGAGAUCGAGCCAACGGGCUCCUGAAGGCGGUGCAGCUGGUGCGCGGCUCCCCCCGCGCUCUGCUCUGCGCCGUCACCGCCCUGCUGGUCGGUGUGACAAACGCGGCGGUGGAGAACUUCCUCCUGUGGCAGAUGCAGGAUCACGGGAGCAGCGAGCUCCACAUGGGGCUGUCCCUCGCCCUCGCUCUGCUGUCACAGGCCGCCUUCCCUCUGCUGGCCCCCCGCGUGUCCAAGCUCCUCAGCCCGGGUCGUGUCCUCGCCGUGGCGGCGGCGAGUCUCGGGCUGCAGUGCUUCUAUUACUCCUUCCUGUGGGGGCCGUGGGCGGCGCUGCCCGCUCAGGUGUUGAGCUGUUUUAGCGGCGGGGCCCUCUGGUGGGCCGUGAGGAUGCAGUGCGAGGACAUCGCCACGCCGGGCGCCGAGAGGAGCGUGAGGAGGGUCUACGGCGCUCUGUCUCUACGCCUUGGUGGCGCGAUGGGGAGCUUCGGCGGAGGCUUCGUGGUGCAGAGGUUCGGGCUGGCGUGGCUGUUCAGAGGGGCGGCGCUGGGUGUGAUGGCGUGGUGCGUGUGUCUGCCUCUGCUGCAGUGGAAGGCUCCUCGCCAGCGCAGGAUCAACUAUUCUCGGCUUCUGGCGGCAGACGCCAGCGAAGCGAGUGACUCCGAGUCGGAGCAGGAGCGAGACUGGCUGGAGAAAGCCAUGGAGGACGACAGAAGCAACAACAACUACGGACGCAGGACAAACCACUAACGCGUGCGGCGUGAGAGCACGAAGAGACGCUUCAGAGAGCGCGGAGAGCGUUUAGCUUCCCAAAAUCACUGAGUCAUUUCUGUCAGUAUGGAAACGAUCUUUUCCCAGCAGGCCUCUGCUCACAGACGCCGCUCUUCAUCAUCAGGGAGCAGAUCAGACGACAGACGAAAACGUUGUACGUUUCUGCAGACGAUGAUACGUUUAUCAGCAUUUUUAAAGUGACGGUAUAAGAUCUGACGUCAUCAGGAGGGGGACGAGAUGUUCACGACCAACAACAACAAAAGCCGUUUUGAUUUUCUGUUCGACUUCUUUCAGGCACAAAAGCAUUUUUUUUUUUUAAACAUGCUGCGGUCGUGUUAAAUUAUCGCAAAAAGUGAUUUCGCUGCAUUUCCUGCCGGGUUAGUGCCACAAAAAGGAACAAAAAAAAAAACACGAGGCUUUGACGAACAAAGCAAAGCAGAAACGGGAUACACAGACGGCGAAACAACAGAAAGUCAAACUGUCGCACUGAACACAAGCGAGAGGAAACCAGGUCGAGUCAGCAUGAAAUUAAAAGCAGAGGACUAGAAAUGUACGAUGCAGGACGCAUAAUGUAAAAAUAAAAUAAUACAAAAAAAUAGACCAAAAGGAACAAUAAAAGCAAUAACUCCACAAAUAA